AUUACUUACCACAUCCUGCAUGGUGGCAGAGAUGGCGUUCUAAUGAAGCCCAUUAUCGUUAGGGUAGUUAGAUAAAAACCCUUCACGCAAGGCCUCCGGCAACUUUACUUGAUCAAGGGCUCGUCCACCCACACGGCGCUCUCUGUCUGCCUGCAGUGUUGUACCUAUCAGGUUCUAGACCAUACUUUCCUCGCUUGGUGGUGUUUCAAUGAUGCUCCUCCAGCACCCUCCUUUAUGGCUUUCUGUGACUAUUUCCUUGCAUUCCAAUCUGUGUGCAUUACAUGUGAGGCAUGCAAGUGAGCUCAUUAUUGCUAUCUGUUUUUAGUGGUACUGCCGCUAACCUGCUUUGAUCAUCGUCUGUCUACUUGUGUGUAUCUUAUCUUUUUCGCUUUGUCGCCAUCCGAUUAGAAUAUGCAGGGUGUGGCGGCAUCUGUAACUGACACGCUAGGUAACAUAAAGUAAGUUCUGCUAUCUAAUUCCGUUCUCUUUUCUGGCCAUGGUUACAAAAAGUAACAGCUCAAUCUAAGCCUACCGAUGCCAGGUAUUUUACCACAACGAAAAAAGGGGAAAUUUUUGAGUUGAAAGCUGAACUGAAUAGUGAGAGAAGAGACAAAAAGAAAGAGGCUGUCAAAAAAGUUAUCGCAAGCAUGACUGUUGGUAAAGAUGUCAGUGCACUUUUCCCCGAUGUCAUCAAUUGCAUGCAAACGGAUAAUCUGGAACUUAAGAAGCUCGUUUAUCUUUACCUGAUGAAUUACGCUAAAACACAACCGGAUAUGGCUAUCAUGGCAGUCAACACGUUCGUUAAAGACUGUGAUGAUCCUAAUCCCCUGAUCCGAGCACUUGCCGUGCGAACGAUGGGCUGCAUAAGAGUCGAAAAGAUCACAGCCUACUUAUGCGAUCCUUUGAGAAAAUGUCUUAAAGAUGAAGACCCUUACGUAAGAAAAACCGCUGCAGUUUGCGUUGCCAAACUGCAUGACAUUGAUUCUCAGUUGGUUGAGGACAGUGGAUUCCUUGAGCUUCUACGUGACCUCCUCUGCGACAGUAAUCCAAUGGUUGUCGCCAACGCAGUCGCUUCAAUAUCUGAAAUCUUGGAAACUACGGCGUCUGACGUCGCCAAGUCAGUGUUGGCUUUCGAUGGCCCGGUCGUCAACAAGCUUCUGACGGCUCUGAACGAAUGCACCGAAUGGGGUCAGGUCUUCAUUUUGGAUGCCAUCGCUGAUUACACACCUGCGGAUGAUCGCGAAGCACAAAGUAUUGUUGAACGUGUCAUUCCGAGGCUUGCUCACGCGAACGCUGCCGUAGUUCUGUCCACAGUGAAGGUUAUUAUGAAGAUGCUUGAGCUGAUUGAUCCGGAUUCGGAAGCCGUCUCGGCAGUGACACGAAAGCUGGCGCCCCCUUUGGUAACCCUGUUGUCUGCCGAGCCAGAGAUUCAAUAUGUCGCUCUUCGCAAUAUCAACUUAAUUGUUCAAAAGCGGAAGGAUAUAUUGAAGCAAGAAAUGAAGGUUUUUUUCGUGAAGUACAAUGACCCAAUUUAUGUCAAGCUUGAGAAACUGGACAUCAUGAUUCGACUCAUAAAUCCGUACAAUAUUGGACAGGUAUUGGCUGAAUUAAAGGAGUAUGCCAAAGAAGUCGACGUCGACUUUGUAAGGAAAGCAGUUCGUGCUAUCGGACGAUGUGCAAUCAAAAUCGAAUCGGCAGCCGAGCGGUGCGUUAGUACUUUGAUAGAGCUGAUUCAAACUAAAGUUAAUUACGUAGUGCAAGAGGCAAUCAUCGUCAUCAAAGACAUUUUCCGUAAAUAUCCUAACAAGUACGAAAGCAUUAUUUCCGUGCUUUGCGAAAAUCUGGAUACACUUGAUGAGCCCGAAGCGCGUGGGUCAAUGGUUUGGAUAAUUGGUGAAUAUGCUGAGCGCAUUGACAACGCCGACGAACUUUUGGAGUCGUUCCUCGACGGAUUCCAGGACGAAAACGCUCAGGUCCAACUGCAGCUGCUGACUGCCAUUGUUAAGCUUUUCCUCAAGCGUCCAUCAGAUACACAAGUAAGUUUCUCGCUGCGCAUUCGUUCAUAG